AUGGACGUGUUUGAUGGACUUCCAGACGCGAUCGUUGUCGACAUCUUGAACAAAGUCGGUGACGUCAAAACCUUACAUCGUUGCAGUAUCCUCUCCAAGCGAUUCAACUCGCUUGUGCCUCAGUCCGAGUCACUCUUCCUCCGACUCGACCAGGUCGCUACCACCGACACCACCGAGUCACCACCCGAUUCUCCCGUCAGCAAGAUUCUCCAAUCAUUAGUCAAGCCCUUCCAAGGCUUCCUCUCUUUAUUCUCUAAACCGGCUAAACCAACCCGGUUCACCAAUCUUUCACCGAAUAUCCCUUCCAAGAUUCUAUCCCGGUUCGACCGGAUCAAGAAUCUUGAAAUCGAGCUUCCCGGAGGCGACGUAAGCCUUGAGAAAGGCGCAGCCGUUAAGUGGAAAGCAGAGUUUGGUAAAACUCUCAAAACAUGCGUCGUCGUGGCGUUUCGCUCCGCCUCCACCGUGUCUUCCUCUUCUUCCUCUACCGACGCCGAGUUCGUGACUGGACUAAAAACGCGCGUGGUGUGGACGAUAAGCGCCUUGAUGGCCGCGUCGGCUCGUCAUUUCUUGAUGAGCGGAGUCGUUAAGGAGCACGAAGAGAUGGAGAGUUUGGUGAUGCAUGACGUAGGAGGAGCAGGGACGGUGGUGAUGCGAGCGGAGGGGCUGAGAGAGUUCCGAAAGGCGCGUGGGGGAGAAGAAGCCGACGAACGCGUGGUGAAAAACCGGAGGAGUGUGGUCCCGAACGUGAGGAUGAGUAUGAGACACGCGCCGUCGCUUAAGCUCAAGAGCGGUAUUUAUUUAGAAUCCGCAACGCUCGUGAUCGUAAGGCCGAGUGAAGAAUAUUCCGACGUCGGAGAUGGUGAGUUGGCGACGGAGGCUUUCGCCGGGAAUUGUAUGUAUGGUGAAGCGGUCGUGGAGUUGUUAAAACGUAAGAGGAAUACUUUAGAAAUAAAUUCAUUUUAA